CAACGUUCAUUCUUUGUUCUGAUUCAGUCUUCAAGUACUCGUACUUCCCACACUCACUUGCCCUGCCUUCAGUAUAUCCGUAUUAAUCUACGCAACGCCGAAUCACUACUUCCAAUAGUCCCGUAAUAUCAAAACGCAAACCGACAUCAAGAUGAAGUACUCUGCCGUUCUCCUCUUUGCCAUUGGCGCAUUCGCUAUUCCUCAAGACGCGUCUGUUACCUCCGCCCCUAAGACCCCUGCCGCCAUCCCGAGUGGUCUUUCUCCCGCCAUCAGCUGCGCCAUGUCGUGCGACGACAGCGAUGUGACCUGCAAGGCCGCAUGCCUGGGCAACGCACGACCCAACGCCUCCCAGGUUAUCGAUACCAACGAAUGUGUCGCCAAGUGCGAUCAGGGUGAUGGCUCUACUGAGGACUCCAUCGCCUACGCCAAGUGCGCAGACAGCUGCAUCAACAGCCUUUUUCCUAGCAGCCAGACCGCUUUCGGCGCUGGCGGUGCUGCGAACGCUGUUGCUUCCGGCUCUGCUGGUAGCGCUGCAAGUGCCGCUGCUUCAGCUACUGGUUCCGCCAACCCUACUGCUACCUCAGGAGGAUCUGCCUCUGCUUCUGGAUCCGAGUCUGGCUCUGCAGCUGAACCCGCUGCGACUGGUGCUGCUGACAAGGCUUCAGCUCGUCUCGCUGGUGCUGGUCUUGCUGGUCUUUUGGCUAUCUUCGCCUUGUAAAUCUAGUAAAUUCGAUCUGGGCUGUACUUUAUGGUCCUGAUGGCUGGAGAGCUUGGGAGAGUCUGAGAGUCAUUGAAAUAGUGGCUGAUGCGAGAGUCUUUGUUAUAUGAUGGUCGCCGUGUUGAAUAUAUCGUGCAUUCGAUACUGGCCCAUGUUGGAAGAAUGUUCUUGGUGGUAAGGUUUCAAUUUGAUCAGAUGAAAACCUCACAAUUGCACUGCUGUUUCAAGCAGCAUAUUUUGCUUGUCGCCGAACAAGUGUACCCAGAUCUGUGUGAGCUAUAUGCUGUGAAUUGAAGUCGUUGAGGAGGGGGAUCAGCACUGGGAAUGCUAGCGCAGCUGAUGAGCUAAUGAUGGCGCUGGCUCGUGCACCUCAUGCAGGUCAGCGGCAUGACCUCGGCAUCUACCUAGGUAGAUGUCAUCAAGGCCCCGCCCAGACCAUGACAAGUGCCCGCACACCAUGAAGAAAUCGGG